GAAUCCAUGCAGCAAAUACUAGUGCAGAAUACGCAUUAGCUUCUCUUCUUCACAUCCAAUUCCAUGGCUAGUUCACUCAUCAUUAUGUCCUCAGUGAUGGUCUUAGCUCUAGUCAUGGCACUGGGGAGUGUUGCUUCUCAAGCUGAGGCCAGGGCAUUUUUUGUGUUUGGAGAUUCACUAGUUGAUAAUGGUCAACAAAUUGGGUCAGAGUUCCUGUUGCCAUACUUGAGUCCACAGCUCACUGGAAAGAAGCUACUUGUUGGUGCCAAUUUUGCUUCUGCUGGAAUUGGAAUCCUCAAUGACACUGGGAUUCAGUUUGCAAGCAUAAUUAGAAUGUUUCAACAAUUUGACUACUUCAAGGAAUAUCAAAGGAGUGUGACUGCUCUUAUUGGAGCUCAGAUAACAAAGCAACUUGCUAAUGGAGCACUUGUCCUCAUCACAGUUGGUGGCAAUGAUUUUGUUAACAACUACUACUUCGUGCCUAACUCUAUAAGGUCUCGCCAAUAUAAUCUGCCGGAUUAUGUCAAAUUUCUCAUCUCUGAGUACAAAAAGAUUCUCAUGAAGCUAUAUGAUUUAGGAGCACGAAAAGUUCUUGUGACGGGGACAGGUUCACUGGGUUGUGUCCCAGCAGAGUUGGCGAUGAGAAGCAGAAACGGGCAGUGCGCUGCUGAGCUGCAACGAGCUGCGUCCUUAUUCAAUCCGCAACUCAUUCAAAUGAUUGGACAACUCAACCGCCAAUAUCGUUCUAACAUCUUCAUUGCUGCUAAUACUCGCAAAAUGAGUGCAGAUUUUAUCAAUAAUCCUGGAGCAUUUGGAUUUAUUACAGCAAAGGUAGCUUGCUGUGGGCAAGGACCUUAUAAUGGUAUAGGAUUAUGCACACCAACUUCAAAUUUAUGCCCUAACAGAGAUGUCUUUGCAUUUUGGGAUCCAUUCCAUCCAGCAGAAAGGGCAAACAGAUACAUUGUUCAACAGAUUCUGAGAGGCACAAAUGAGUACAUGAACCCCAUGAAUCUCAGCACCAUUUUGGCCUUGGACUUCAGGACCUAGUUAAUUAGUUACCUUCUCUUGGGAACCUCCUCCCUCCUUAAUAUUAUGUAGGAUAUAAAUUAGUUUUUGUUUGCAGCUAAACUUCCAAGGAAAUUCAUGCAUGCUGUAUUUCUAUGUCGUAAUGCCUAAUAUUGCAGUAUUGCAUGUAAUGAUAUUAAUUUAUGGCAUAAAUCAACAAUUAGCUUCCUCCUGUUAAAGAUA